UUGUUUUCAAUGCCUCAACCAGUCAUAGUCCAAACACGCGGUUCACUCGUUGAAUUAUUUUCCUCACUCUUUAAUGCUGCAAAUAUGUGAUGGCCAUAGUAGCACGUAUUAUUCAAGACCAAUGACUGGUUUACUAUGAUCUCUAUCAAUUAUUCAGUUUUGGCCAAAGAAAAGGAAAAAAGCUAGCUGCUAUUGUAUUUCUCAUAUGAUAUCACAUCCUCCUCCUUCAUCAUUUCAAUUGUUUGUAGCCUCAUAUAUAUAUUCCGGUGUAGAGACAAGUUAAGAAAGAUCCACCGUGCACACUUUUUCCAAUCCAAAACCCUACUUUGUUGUUUUGGAAAUUGAACAUAAUGUUUACCUUUGUCACUCGGUUGAUUCAAAAAAGGAAGGGUGUAGAGGAAACAUCCAUAUCAGACAACAGUGCUCCGAAAAGGCUGAAGCUGGAGGGUGUAGAGGAAAAACCUAUGUCAGAGAACGAUGCUUCUCAAAUAAAGCAUGAUGUUUUUGUUAGUUUAAGAGGUGGGGAUAUCCGUUGCGGGUUUCUUGGCCAUUUGACUCAGGCUUUUAAAAGAAACCAAAUAGAUGCCUUCAUAGAUGAUAAAAAUCUUAAGGAGGGAGAAGAAAUAUGGCCAUCACUUGUUGCAGCAAUUGAAGGAUCAGCCAUUUUGUUGAUCAUAUUCUCACCAGAUUAUGCUUCUUCUCGUUGGUGUUUGAAAGAACUUGUGAAAAUAAAUGAUUGCAGAAAGAAAUACAAACGUACUGUAAUACCUGUUUUCUACCGUAUAGAGCCCACACUCGUACGAUAUCAAUUGGGGAGUUACACAGAUGCAUUUAAUAAACAUGAAAGAAAACACAAGACCGAGGUGAAACUCUGGAGAGAUGCUAUGAAUGAAUCUGCUAAUUUAUCUGGAUUUGAGUCAUCCAAAUUUAGAAAUGAUGCUGAGGUGGUCGAAAAAAUUGUCAAUCUUGUGCGGGAGAAGUUGACCAAAACCCUGUUUAACUCAAAAAGACUUGUUGGAAUUGAUGAAAAAAUCGCAAUUGUAGAGUCAUUGAUAAGAAAAGAGCCACACAACACUCGUCUUAUUGGUAUUUGGGGUAUGUGCGGUAUAGGGAAAACAACUCUUGCAGAAGAAGUUUUUAAGAAACUACAAUGUGAAUUUGAAGGUUCUUAUUUUUUAGCCAAUGAAAGAGAUCAAUCAAAAAGACAUGGAAUGAUUCCUUUGAAGGAAAUGAUUUUCUCUAAGCUAUUAGGAUAUGAUGUGAAAAUUGAUACACCAAAUUUGUUGCCUGAUGACAUUGUUAGGAGAAUUGGCCGUAGGAAGAUUCUUAUUGUUCUUGAUGAUGUCAAUGAUUCAGAACACAUAGAAAAUUUAUUGGGAACUCUUGAUAUUUUUGGAUCGGGUAGUAGAAUAAUUGUAACAACCAGAAAUAAGCAAGUGCUUAAGGCUAACAAAGCCAAUGAGGAAUACCAACUUAAGAUAUUAAGUUUCGAUGAAGCACUUGAACUUUUCAAUUUGAAUGUCUUUAAUCAAAGUGAUCUUCAAAGGGAGUAUAAUGAGCUUUCACACAGGGUGGUCAAUUAUGCCCAAGGCAUUCCAUUAGUUCUCAAAGUUUUGGCUAGUCAUCUUCGUGGAAAUGGAAAGGAAGUAUGGGAAAGUAAGCUAGACAAGCUUAAAAAGAUGCCUUUAAAAGAAGUUUAUGAUGUGAUGAAAUGGAGUUACAAUGAUCUAGAUCGUAAAGAACGACAAAUUUUUUUAGAUCUAGCAUGUUUCUUUCUAAGAUCGCAUAAAGAGGUAAAUGUGGAUAAUCUAAAAUCCUUAUUGAAAGAUGAUGAAAAUGAUAAUUCAGUGGUUGUUGAUUUGAAAAAGUUGGAAGAUAGAGCUCUUAUAACUUUCUCUAAGGAUAAUAGCUUACAAGAAAUGACUAGGAAGAUUGUUCGUCGAGAGCCCGACAAGAAUAAUGUUGUAUUUAUGCAUGAUGGUUUACAAGAAAUGGCUUGGGAGAUUGUUCGUGAGCCUUGUGAACUUGGAAGUCAUAGUCGAUUGUGGGAUUCCGACGAUAUUUUUGAAGCAUUGAAAACUGACAAGGGUAUUAAGGCCAUUAGAAGCAUGCAAAUUAAGUUGUCAACAAUUAAGCAGGAGUUAAGCCCUCACAUAUUUGCUAAGAUGAACAGACUACAAUUUCUGGAAAUUUCUGGGAAAUUUAAAGACCGUCAACAUUAUAUUCUUGCUGAAGGGCUUCGAUUUUUAGCAAAUGAACUAAGAUUUCUUGGUUGGCAAAAUUACCCUCUAAAAUCCUUGCCAGAAAAUUUUUCUGUUGAAAAACUUGUAAUUUUGUCAUUGCCACACAACAACUUGGUAAAACUUUGGGAUGGAGUAAAGAAUAUGGUGAAUUUAGAAGAGGUUGACCUCAGUGGCUCUAAGAAGUUAAAAGAGCUUCCAGAUUUAUCAAGAGCUACAAAUCUUAAAGUAUUAUAUCUUAGUGGUUGUUAUAUGCUGGCUUAUGUACAUCCAUCUAUUUUCUCAUUGGUCAAACUUAAGAUAUUGGACCUUUGCAACUGCGAGUCCCUUACCACACUUGCAAGCAAUUUUCAUAUAUGCAACCUUAGUUAUCUUAACCUUAGUUACUGCAAGAAUCUUACAGAAUUCUCAAUGAUAUCAAAAAAUAUGGUACAAUUGAGCUUAGAAGGUACAGAGAUCAAAGAACUUCCAUCUUCUUUUGGACUUCAAAGCAAGCUUAAAUUACUAGAUCUAUCAAGAAGUAACAUUAAGAGUUUACCUUCAUCCUUCAAAAGUCAUACGCAAUUGCUACAUCUAAAGAUAAUUGGGACUUCACUUCUUCAAACAAAAGUAGAGCUUCCCCCAUUCCUUGAAACUUUAUAUGCCCAAUCUUGUACUUCACUUCAAAAUCUACCAAAGCUUCCCCAUUCCCUUAAACUUUUGGAUGUAACAGAUUGUGAAUCACUUGAAAUUCUACCAAAGCUUCCCUUGUCCCUUGAAACUCUAUAUGCCCAAUCAUGUUCUUCACUUUUGGCUCUACCAAAGCUCCCUAAAUCCCUUAAAACUCUAGAAGUCACAGAUUGCAAAUCACUUCAAACUCUUCCAAAGCUCCCUCCAUCCCUUAAAAAUCUAAGUGUUGAAUAUUGCUCUUCACUUCAAACUCUACCAAAGCUUCCCACAUCCCUUGAAACUCUAAAUACCCAUCAUUGUGAUUCACUUGAAACACUACCAGAGCUUUUCCUUCCCCUUGAUACUCUAAAUGUUGAAUUUUGCCCUUCACUUAAAACUCUACCAAAAUUUCCCCAAUCCCUUAAAACUCUAGUUGUCACAGACUGCAAAUCACUUCAAAUUCUACCAGAGCUUCCCAUGUCCCUUGAAAAUAUAUAUGCCCAAUCAUGCUCUUCACUUUUGACUUUACCAAAGCUUUUUGAAUCCCUCAAAGUUUUACUUGUCACAAGUUGUGAAUCACUUCAAACACUACCAGAGCUUCCUCUAUCCCUUGAGACUCUAGAUGCCAAAUAUUGCUCUUCGCUUCAAACUCUACCACAACUUCCCUUGUCCCUUAAAACUAAAACUCUAGAUGUCACAGGUUGCGAAUCACUUCAAACUCUAACAGAGCUUCCUCCAUCCCUUAAAACUCUAAAGGCCCAUUCAUGUAUUUCGCUUCAAACUUUACCCGAGCUCCCCCUAUCCCUUGAAACUCUUGAUGUAGAAAAUUGCACUUCACUUGAGACUCUACCAGAACUUCCCCCGUUCCUUAAAACUCUAAAUGCCAAAAAUUGUAGAUCAUUGGAGACUGUAUUGUUGUUCCCUUCAACUACAGUUGAACAAUUAAAAGAAAAUAGGAAACGAGUUGUGUUUUGGAAUUGCUUGAAAUUGGAUGAACAUUCUCUAGUUGCUAUUGAGUUGAAUGUACAGAUCAACGUGAUGAAAUUUGCAAACUUCUACUUGUCAACACCAAAUCAUGAUCAUGUUGAAAAUUACAAUGAUUAUGAUUAUGGGUAUAAUCACCAGUCAUAUGAAGCUAUCUAUGUGUAUCCAGUAAGCAGUGUUCCAAAUUGGUUACAAUAUAAGACAACGACAGGUUAUAUAAUUAUUGACCUCUCUUCUACUCCACCUUGCCCCCAGCUAGGCUUCAUUUUCUGCUUCGUCCUCCCUGAGAACCAACUCACAAAAAUGUUUGAAAGACCGGAAGUUAAGCUUAUUGUAAGUGAUGAGGAUGGAGAAGGUAAAAAGAGUAGUGUCAAAAUAUACAUAGAUAAGUUUGGUUGGCAAAUUGAAUCUGAUCAUGUGUAUGUGAUGUAUGACCAAAGAUGUUCUGCCUUCCUACAUACCAGAGCCAAAAAUCAAACAAGGUUCAAAAUUCAAGUUGCAAUGGGGACACAAGUUUUAUUAGAAGAAUUUGGUGUCAGUACAAUAAACACCUCCACAUAUAAUAGUUUCAUUCAAGAAAUGGAACUACGUGACUCAAUGUUUCAAUUUCAUUGAACAAAUGGAAUUAUGUUGUGCUUCAUGUCAUUCCAGUAUGAGAGCAUGUCAAGAUUAGAUGGUGGACAAGCCUCCAAUUGCCUAACCAUGUGGAGCUGGCCUUUUGGUUAUAAUUGUUCUGAUGUAACUAGUUGUGUAAAGUGAUUGAUUGACACCUUGGACUUUUGUUUUCAGUUUUGUUUUGUUGUAGAUAUUUGUACACUUUAUAUAUAUGUAUUUAGGAUAAUUGUAACCUUAUAAGGGGCUUUAUAAUUUUCACAUAUGGUCAAGUUAUGUUUUA